GAGCGAUGAAGAUGAUUAAUUUCACAUGUUCCUGGGUUGGGACUAUAAAUAGACGGGAGACUCUUCCCGAAAGUCACUAUCACUUGUAAUUUCAAUAUGAAGGCAGUUUAUAUUCUUGGACUCAUAGCACUGGCUAUAGCCUCAGUUGGUGCUAUUCCCGAAGAGGAUCGCGUUAACGGCGAGAAUGGCUGGUAUAUACCACAAGAAGACGGCUCCUUUGAGUGGAUGGAUCUAGACGACGCCGAAGACUUGCUGGAAAAUGGCCAAAGGAUGGAUGGACGCCUCAGUACUAAUGACGUAUCCUUCUACCUUUACACCAAGUCCAACCCCACGAAACCACAGCAAAUAAAAACUAAGGGCUCAUCUGUGAAGGACUCAAACUUUAACAAAAAUCAUGGCACUCGCAUUGUUAUCCACGGCUGGACCCAAGGCUAUAAGGACUCGAUGAACACGGCAAUCACCAAGGCCUGGUUGUCCAAGGGUGAUCACAAUGUCAUCAUUGUGGACUGGGCCCGUGCUCGUUUUGAAUACGCCACCGCUGUUCUUGCUGUGCCCGGAGCUGGUGACAAAGUAGGAGACAUGAUCAAGUAUUUGGUCAACAGUCACGGCAUGUCCUUGGAUAGUCUUUAUGUUAUCGGUCACAGCUUGGGAGCUCAGGUUGCAGGCUACGCUGGCAAGGCCGUUGGCAAAGGCAAGAUCCACACCAUCAUCGGUCUCGACCCCGCCCUCCCCCUGUUCAGCUACAACAAGCCAAACAAACGCCUCUCCUCCGACGAUGCCCAUUAUGUGGAGUCCAUUCAAACCAACGGCGGCAAAUUGGGUUUCCUUAAGCCCAUUGGCAAAGGUGCUUUCUAUCCCAAUGGCGGCGAGAAACAACCCGGCUGUGGACUUGAUGCCACCGGCUCCUGCUCCCACAGUCGCUCCGUGACCUACUACGCCGAGGCUGUCACCAGGGAUAACUUUGGUACCAUCAAGUGCAGUGACUACGAGGAUGCCGUGGCCAAGAAAUGUGGCAGCACCUACAGCAGCGUUCGUCUUGGUGCCGAUACCAAUGCCUACAUGGUCGAUGGCGAUUUCUAUGUUCCUGUCAACAGCAAAGCUCCAUUCGGCAAUAUCAACUAAAUGGACUCUUCAAAUAUAGAGUAAUAAAUGCACAUAUA